ACCACCCACCGGGACACUUCCGGUGGUUCUGUCUGCUCUUUACCGCCAAAGCUCCGGCUUUGGAGGCCCAGCUCCGGCGUAUGCCUAUCACUUCCGGGUGGUGCUCCACGGCUACGAGCCGCGAUUGGCUACCGUAGACGGGGUACUUCCGGUGUCCAGGCGCUGGGUUCUUUGGAAGGAGGAGGAAGAUGGAGCCCAGCAUCGCGGCCCGGGCUUGGGCCCACUUUUGGCUGCUGCUGCCGUUGUUUGGCGCGGUUUGCGCUAGCGGACCCCGCACUUUAGUGCUGCUGGACAACCUCAACCUGCGGGAAACUCAUUCCCUUUUCUUCCGGAGCCUGAGGGACCGGGGCUUUGAGCUCACAUUCAAGACCGCUGAUGACCCCAGCCUGUCUCUCAUUAAGUAUGGGGAAUUCCUCUAUGACAAUCUCAUCAUUUUCUCCCCCUCGGUAGAAGAUUUUGGAGGCAACAUCAACGUGGAGACCAUCAGUGCCUUUAUUGAUGGUGGAGGCAGUGUGCUGGUAGCUGCCAGCUCAGACAUUGGUGACCCUCUUCGAGAGCUGGGCAGUGAGUGCGGGAUCGAGUUUGACGAGGAGAAAACGGCUGUCAUUGACCAUCACAACUAUGACAUCUCAGACCUCGGCCAGCAUACGCUCAUCGUGGCUGACACUGAGAACCUGCUGAAGGCCCCAACCAUCGUUGGGAAAUCAUCUCUAAAUCCCAUCCUCUUUCGAGGUGUUGGGAUGGUAGCCGAUCCUGAUAACCCUUUGGUGUUGGACAUCCUCACGGGCUCUUCCACCUCUUACUCCUUCUUCCCAGACAAGCCUAUCACUCAGUAUCCGCAUGCCGUGGGGAAGAACACCCUCCUCAUUGCUGGGCUUCAGGCCAGGAACAAUGCCCGAGUCAUCUUCAGUGGCUCCCUCGACUUCUUCAGCGACACCUUCUUCAACUCAGCAGUGCAGAAGGCCACGCCUGGCUCCCAGAGGUAUUCCCAGACAGGCAACUAUGAGCUAGCUGUGGCCCUCUCCCGCUGGGUGUUCAAGGAGGAGGGUGUCCUCCGUGUGGGGCCUGUGUCCCAUCAUCGGGUGGGCGAGACAGCCCCACCCAAUGCCUACACUGUCACUGACCUAGUGGAGUACAGCAUUGUGAUCCAGCAGCUCUCAAAUGGCAAAUGGGUCCCCUUUGACGGUGAUGACAUUCAGCUGGAAUUUGUCCGCAUCGAUCCUUUUGUGAGGACCUUCCUGAAGAAGAAAGGUGGCAAAUACAGCGUUCAGUUCAAGUUGCCUGAUGUGUACGGUGUAUUCCAGUUUAAAGUGGAUUACAAUCGGCUAGGCUAUACACACCUGUACUCUUCCACUCAGGUAUCCGUGCGGCCACUCCAGCACACACAGUACGAGCGCUUCAUCCCCUCGGCCUACCCCUACUAUGCCAGCGCCUUCUCUAUGAUGCUGGGGCUCUUCAUCUUCAGCAUCGUCUUCUUGCACAUGAAGGAGAAGGAGAAAUCAGACUGAGGGGCUAGAGGCCUGGGACUCCGUACGGUGUGGGAACGGGGAGGGGGUUGGUGGUUUUUGUUUUGCUUUGUUUAAAACCAUGGGAAAAUGGCACAUCUUUACCUCUGUGGGAGAUGCGACACUCAGAGCCAAGGGGUGGGAGUCGGGAUCAUUUUUAUGUAAGUUUAUCCACUUUGAAUUGCUAAGUGGCAUUUUUCAUAUGUGAAGUCACUCUCAUUUCUAAAAUAAAGAGAGACGUUGCCCUCAGA